AUGCGCCUCGCUCAGAUCCUUCCUUCCGCUGCCUGGUGCGCCUCUCUGGCGCAUGCCGGCAGCUACUAUGGCUACGAGUCAUCAGCCUCGUUUGAGGUGAACGGCUACAAGGCGAACGAAUGGAUGAAGAUCAUAGAGCAGGACACGUACAUAUCUGCCCUGUCAAUACCGGGGACGCACAACACCAUGACGUACAACCUGACGGAUCCAGUGUACCAGUGCCAGAACCUAGAUCUGUCGACUCAGUUGGAAGCGGGGAUACGUUACUUGGACAUCCGCGGGCGGUCGGUGGGCGGCGACCUCUACAUCUACCACGGCAACGUGAGCACGGGAUUCAUGUUCAGGGACGUCUUGAACGACGUCUUCAGAUUUCUGGGAGACCACCCGAGCGAGGUCAUCAUCAUGCGUAUCAAGGAGGAGGGUCCACGAAUCAACACCGAGAUCAGGUUCGAGGACGCCCUAAUCCACGACAUCGCCGAGCCGUCACCGCUGUACCGCCUGGCCGGCAAGCUCCUCCGCAUCCGCGACGACGGCGACUAUAGCCCCAUGCCGACCCUCAAGGAGGUCCGCGGACAGGUCAUGAUCCUGCAAGACUUCCAGACCGUCGCGGGCCCCGAGAAGUACGGGAACGAAUGGGCGGGCCACGAGAUGGAGCUCCAGGACAGGUGGCAGGUUGAGGACGUCGACCACCUCGAGGACAAGUGGCAGGCGGUAGAGGAGACCCUCGAGAAAGCCGCCUCCUUCCAGACGAGCGGGAACGACAAGCUCAGAGUCUCCCACCUGAGCGCCUCAUCUGGCGUCCUGCCCAUCGUCGCUGCUGCCGGCCCCAUCAGACGCCAGAACGCCAACGGCACCGCCAUCGAGGGCAUGAACGACAGGACUGCAAAGUGGCUCAACCUUAACCCCAGCCCCCGCGUGGGAAAGACUGGGAUCGUCGUCGCCGACUUCCCUGGCAAAGAACUCAUCAGCGCAAUCAUCUCUCGCAACGAGUAUAUAAUCGAUCCUGAGUAG